AUGAGAGACUCAGUGGCCUUUGAGGAUGUUAAUGUGGAGUUCACCACGGAUGAGUGGGCUUUCCUGGAUCCAACCCAGAAGAAAUUCUACACAGAUGUGAUGUUGGAAACAUUCUGGAACCUGGCAUCUGUGGCAUGUAUUUUGGAAGAACAAUGUGAUGACCAUGACAAGGAACAUCAGUAUGAAAAUCAUGGGAGGAAUCUUAGCAAUCAUAUGGUAGAGAAAAUCUGGACAAGGAAGGAUGGUAGUCAAUGCAGAGAAAACUUCUGCCAGAUUCCAAAUCAUAAUGAAAAGAAGGAAAUUCCUGAAAUAAAACAACCUAAAUGCAGGUUGUGUAGGCAACUCUUUAUACGUUACUUAUCCUUGAAUAAUCACCUGAACUCUCACAUUAGACGCAAACUGUACCUGUUUCAGGAAUAUGAAGAAAAACCUUAUAAGUAUAAGGAACCUGAGAAAGCUUUAAAGCCUCACCGACAUACUCAGAGCCAUGAAGGCAGCCCCAAUGGGAAAACUUUCCAUUAUUCAACUGCCCUUAGAAAUCAUGAAAGGACGCAUAUUCCUAGGAAACCCUAUGAGUGUGAGCAAUGUGGGAAAGGCUUUAGACGUCUCAUUAACUUUAAACAUCACAAAAAUACUCAUAGUGAAGAGAAACCAUAUCAAAGUAAACAAUGUGGUAAAGCUUUCAGUUCUCCCAAGUACUCUGGAAAAAAUAAAAGAACACACACUGGAAAAAAGCCCUAUGAAUGUAAGAAAUCUGGUAAAGCAUUCAGUUCCACUUCUCUUAGAAAUCAUGAAAGAACACGUACAGGCAAGAAACCUUAUGAAUGUAAGCAAUGUGGGAAAGUCUUCAGUUUGCUCAGUUCUCUUAGAAGUCAUCAAAGAAGUCAUGAAGAAAAGAAGCCUCAUGAAUGUAAGGAAUGUGGCAAAACUUUCCUUUAUCCCUCUUACCUUAGAGUUCAUGAAAGAAUGCAUACUGGGGAAAAACCCUAUAAAUGCAAGCAAUGUGGGAAAGCUUUCACAUUUAUCAGUUCUCUUAGAAAUCAUGGAAAAACACAUACUGCAGAGAAACCCAUUCAGUGUAAACAGUGUGGGAAAGCUUUCACAUAUAUCAGUUCUCUUAGAAAUCAUGAAAGAACACAUACUGCAGAGAAACCCAUUCAAUGUGAACAAUGUGGGAAAGCCUUCCAUUCUAGCAGCUCUCUUGUUCAACAUCAAAGAAGUCAUGCCGGAAAAAUGCCUUAUGAAUGUAAGGAAUGUGGUAAAACUUUCCUUUAUCCCUCUUUCCUUAGAAUGCACGAAAGAAUCCAUACUGGCGAAAAACCCUAUGAAUGUAAGCAAUGUGGGCUAGCUUUCACACAUCCCAGUUCUCUUAAAAAACAUGAAAGAACACAUAUUGCAGAGAAACCCAUUCAUUGUAAACAAUGUGGGAAAGCUUUCAUAGACUCCACUUUUCUUAAAAAUCAUGAAAGGAUCCAUACUGGGGAGAAACCUUAUGAGUGUAAACAAUGUGGGAAAGCUUUCCAUUAUAGCAGCUCUCUUGUUAAUCAUAAAAAAAAUCAUCACAACAAGAAGCCUCAUGAAUGUAAGGAAUGUGGUAAAACUUUUCCUUAUCCUUCUUUCCUUAGAAAUCAUGAAAGAAUGCAUACUGGGGAAAAACCUUUUGAAUGUAAACAAUGUGGGAAAGCUUUCAUACAUGCCAAUUUUCUUAGAAAUCAUGAAAGGAUCCACACUGGAGAGAAACCCUAUGAAUGUAAGCAAUGUGGGAAAGCCUUCCAUUCUAGCAGCUCUCUUAAAAAACAUAAAAAAACUCAUGACAGAAAGAAGCCUCACGAAUGUAAGGAAUGUGGUAAGACAUUCUGUCGGCCCUAUCGCCUUAGAGAGCAUGAAAGAAUUCAUACUCUGGUAA